AAGAAAGAGGACAAAAGAGAGAGAGAAAGAGACAGAUAGUCAAACAGACAGAUGGACAGAGCCAGAGAGAGAGAGACAGAUUUAUAGAGAGAUUUAUCAUUGAGCUCUAUCAUUUAUCUCAGUCUGUUCUGUCAGUGCGGUUCUCUCCAGUUCUACUGAACAUAGUGUACGUUUGUCUCCAGUCUCUGGGCCCCCCCUCGGGCCCCUCACCAUCCGGCCGGCACCAUGAUGGGCUUUCAGGUGGACGAUGUGGAGAUCGACCCGGUCACUCUGAACCUGAUCAUCCUGAUCGCGAGUUACGUGAUCCUGCUGCUGGUCUUCCUCAUCUCCUGCAUCCUCUACGACUGCCAGGGAAAAGACCCCACCAAGGAGUACGCGCCGGACCCCCAGCCCAGUGCCACGCAAACACCCAUCCGCCUGGUGGUCAUGCAGGGGUCCCCCGCCACCCGCUGGGACCAGAACAAAACGGUCACCACAUAUGAAUCGGCAGGGGGAGAGCAGAGGGAGAAAAAAACUACACUCGUCUGACCACAGGAGUGGACUUACCUGUACAUAGAACUUUGUUUUUUAAUGUGGGAGAAAAAACUGAGCUCGUCUGACCACAGACUGGACUAACCUGUACAUAGGACCUGUUUAAAUGUGGGAGAUAAUAACUCUUCUCCUCUGGCCAGCAAGAGGGAACAAGACUGGACAAAGGUGUACAUAAUUUACUGUAUACACAUUUUACCCACUUUUAACUUAGAAAAGAAGUUUUAUUUUGUAAUUUUGUGCUGGGCUGAAGAAUGCUGGGACUGGAUCUGCAGAUGAUCAAACU